ACAACACUAGUUAAGUCUACUAAUGUCAAUAUUAUACAAUGAAUGAUGGAAUGAAAAAAGCAAAUGGCUGAACAGAAAAGCAAUCGACAUCCUUAAUUUUGUAAAAUAUAAUCCGAUGUUAUUACAUGAAUUAUGAGCUCUUUAUGAUUAUGAAUAGCAAAAUAAACAUUACAAAGUAAUAAAUUAGCAGUAUCAUAGAAUAUUGGCUGUAAUAAUCGGUCUUAAAGACUUUAAAACUGAAAGUCCUGUCUAACCCAAUUUAGAACUAGAGAUUUGCAAAAAUAAAAAUCGUGCUUCCACCGAAUCCAUGUUCGUUUAUUUUUGAGUUCAUGUAAAUACAAGUGAUCGACGCUGGAGCCGCCCGCCUCCAAUAUGGAGCGAGGCCAUGAGAAGCGUCAUACCAAACAUAAGGAGAAGCACAAGAAACAUUCGCACAAGAAGCACAGGAGCAGCUCAGGUGGUACUCAUGAUCAAUCUUAUGCUACGAGUAACUCAGUUAAGCCCUUAGUAGAGUAUUCAGAUGUAAGCUCUGAAGACUUAUCAGCCCCGGAGGCUGGUGAGAUUGAGAGUGAGGCUAGCUCUAUUGGCAGGCACAUAGCUGAUGAUCUAGAUCGAACUAGAAAAUCACACUCUGUGCGCACAUUUCUUGAUAAUAAGAUAUCAGUAACAACAACCAGUCGUCGGGAUGAAUACCCACCUGUUCGUGAAUCAUCAGCUGUGAGGACUAAACUUGACUUGGAGUAUGAAAAUGUUGAUUAUGAUAGAUACAAAAAGAAAGGUAAAAAGAAGAAAGACAAGAAGAAGAAAAAGAAGAAGUCAAAACAUGUUUCAAGAUCAGCUAGUCUUGAGAGUGUUUCACCAGAUGAUCAUGUCUUAGAGAAAACUGUACCCAGACCUCCUAGUCCCCAGAGAUAUUCCCAAGUGCCUAUUAGUGAAUGGGAAAAGCCUUCAUCACCUCUUCGCAAUGGCUCCUGUUCACCUCUUUCUCCGACUACACCUCCAAUGGCAAGAAGUAAAUUAAGUCCUCUGAGGCAUCGGGUUGAACAUCACGAUCAUUUACUGCAUUAUUCACCGCAUAGGGAACGUUCUCCUAUUAUUAGUAUUGACUUAUGUACAAGCACCAGACGCCGUCAGAAAUCAUCAACUCCUCGGACACCAUCCAUCCCAUACCAUGAGACUGUCACAAUUGAAUCUGACAAUGACGAUUACGAUCGCUCUAGAAGGGAUUAUUGGCAAGAACCCCACAGGAUGAAUGAAAUUAUGAUUAUAUCAGACUCACCUGUUCACGAGUCUCGAAUGCGUGACUACAGUCCGCGACGGCAUCGCAAGCGCAGUCCGCAUAGACGUAGGAGCCGUGAAAGGGAACGCCAUAGGGAUCAUCGUGUACAUAUACGGUCAAAUAGUCGUAGUUCAAUGAAGCGUCGACGUUCGAUGUCGCGCUCUCGUCGCCGGUCAUCGUCACCGCCGAGACAUAGGCCGAGGCAUAAGGACCCCAGUCGGGAUAGGCAUAGAAGCAGACAUGAUUCCCCGAGUCCACCAACAGUACUCCAACGUAGAAUUGACUUCAAAGAGAAAAUCAGUGAUACAAGUCUAUUUGCUGAACUUGUCAAGGACAAACAUAAACGGGCAAAGAAACUGCAAGAGAUUCUAAACCAGAAGGAAGAGGAAUCUCAAGGUGCCAUAUCCAGUACAGCAUCUAUCAACAACCCGGACAUUCUCACUAUUGAUGAACUUUCCAAUACUGAAACCGAUAGUUUGACACAGGUAUCCAAAGAAAAUGGCGAUUCAAAUAAGGGACAAGAUGUAGUGGACAUUCCAAUGCCGCUCCAGGAAGAGAGCCAGCCACCUUUGCCACUGUCUGAGCCAGAAACACCUUUAAAACCCCCUGAUGAUGUUGUCAUUGCCAAUGGAGAUACUGCUAGUAAUGGUUCAGAGAACACAUCUACUCCACCUGUACAAGGUGUAAAACAAAGUAUAGUGGAAAGUGUAGUUUUGAACAGCCAGCAGCCUCCUCUGCCUAAGCCUAAAAGCCUGACUAAAUUGCCCAUGCCACCUAACACGCAGGUGGAAGAUCUUAAAACCCUGGCCAAUGACAGUCCACUGAGUACUCCAACAUUAAGCCCUGUCAAGAAACCUGAGAAGCCUAAAAAGACUGGAAUCAUGAAUCUACCUAUGCCACCUGUGAUACCAGGUUCAGAAGAAUUGAGUGGAGAUGAGUUGGAAGGAUCCACACCACCGCCGGUGUCUAACUCCGAUAGGUAUUCACACGUUUUUACAAGGAAGAAUAAUAAGGAUAUACCGUCUGCUGCAAAACUGAAAAGGCCGCGGAUCCUAAAACGGCGUGGGUCAAAAGUAGUCCCCGUCGCAACGAGCACGCAUCAUGCCAAGGAUUGGGGAGAGAAAUGUGUUGAUGGCUUCCAGGUCAUAACCCAAAUAGGUGAGGGUACUUACGGUCAAGUGUACAAGGCCAAAGAUAAAAACACUGGUCAACUGGUUGCCCUCAAAAAAGUAAGAUUAGAAAAUGAAAAGGAGGGAUUCCCAAUCACAGCCGUGAGGGAAAUUAAAAUCCUCAGGCAGCUGAACCAUAAGAAUAUCGUUAAUUUGAGGGAAAUUGUCACGGACAAACAAGAUGCUAUGGACUUUAGAAAGGACAAAGGCUCGUUCUACUUAGUAUUUGAGUACAUGGACCACGAUCUCAUGGGUCUACUCGAGUCCAAAAUGGUUGAUUUCACCGAGUCCCACAAUGCCUCCAUAAUGAGACAGCUUUUGGACGGCUUGGCUUACUGUCAUCGGAAGAACUUUCUACAUCGGGAUAUCAAAUGCAGUAAUAUUUUGAUGAAUAAUAAAGGUGAGGUAAAACUUGGCGACUUCGGUCUCGCGCGGCUCUGGUCGGCAGAAGACAGACAGCGGCCAUACACCAACAAAGUGAUCACUCUGUGGUACCGGCCACCUGAAUUGUUACUCGGUGAAGAGCGAUAUGGUCCAUCAGUUGAUGUAUGGUCCAUGGGGUGUAUCUUGGGGGAAUUGUUCCAAAAACAUCCAGUGUUUCAGGCUAAUAUGGAAAUGAUGCAACUCGAAAUGAUAUCUCGGGUGUGUGGCACCCCCGUCCCAGGUGUGUGGCCGAAUGUCGUAAAUCUGCCUCUAUGGCACACGUUGCGGCCGAAACGGUUCCAUAAGCGAUGUGUUCGCGAACACUUUGCGUUUAUGCCCGCCGCGGCGUUACACUUGCUCGAUCGGAUGCUCGAGUUGGAUCCGGAUAAGAGAAUCACGGCCGAGGAGGCCUUAAAAAGCGCUUGGUUGAAGAGUGUUGUCCCGGAACAAAUGCCAGCACCAGAAUUGCCGACAUGGCAAGACUGCCACGAGCUGUGGUCCAAGCAGCGCCGGCGUCAGCAAAGAGAACAGGAGCAGGGCAAGUCCAAGUACUCCGAAGACAAAGACUUCAAACAAAAUGAGUCCUCAAAUCAAUCUGACUCUAGCUACAAAAGUGAAUAUAAAUCAGACUUAAGACCCGAGCAGAAUCAGGAGGCUGGACAAGUUAAAUAGUAUUUGGAGUACUAUGGAUACUAUCGAUAGUAUUCAUAUUUUGGAGAAGUUUUAUAACUUGCACAUUGGUCCAAAAAGGGUUUUCUAUACAAAUAGUGUUGACUGAGAAGUACUAUUCUUAGUUUCAAAAGUGUUUUGAACUAAUAAGUCCAAAUGUAUUUUAUGGCUGUUAUCAGUGUUCAGUGAGCUAUGUACUAUGUGUUCCAAAUAGUUAUUUUUUACUUGGAGUCAUGUUUUUGUGGUGAAGGGUUUUGGUGUAUGAUAAUCUACUGGUGGACCCAGACACAAGAGACUAUAUCAAGGUCAAGUAAAUAGAUUUUAUUAGCUAUGUACUGCCAGACUUUGAAGUAUGGUUAGUGGAUUGUAUGUGCUCAGAUGUUCCAAUAAAAUAACAAUUCUUGAUGAACUGUUGUUAGUCUAAUUACUUAGGUUAAUCCAUAUGUCAUUUUGUCAUAGUAAUGCAAAAAUAAAUCAACUAAAAGAUUAAAUUAAAAGUUCGCAAUUCCCAUAAUUAUUUUUUUCUACUAAUAGUUUUUCUACAUCAGAGUUACAAACAUGAUUUCCUCGACCAUUAAAGUUUAGCUACCAAAAAUAAAUUUCAUAUAAAAUACAGGCGUUUAUACGCCGUCUUUUAUUAAAUGCAGAGCGAAAACCAAAGCACUGAGCGUCGCGCUUGUUACCUAUAGAAGGAUUUGUAAUAUAUGUAAAUAUUAGUUAUUAUUUUGAAAUAUGACUUGAGUAUCUUCCAAUAGCUAAUUAUAAGCAUAAAGGAGUGACGCAUACAAUACCCAGGAGAAUAAUAAAGAAUUGUCAUCAAAUUCUGCUGUUUUAUAUUUAAAAGACUGCAAUUUUUUAUUUGGUUUAAGGAAACAAUAUUUUCAAAGUUAAAUACGAGUUCCAUAGUAGCUUAUACAUUAUAUAUUAAAAUUUUUAUCAUGUGAAAUAUAUUUGGCCUAGUAAUUUACACUUUUUAUUCACCUCCCUCCCAGGGUUUUACUUGAGUAAACCGAAUCCAUUAUUGACAAAAAUCUACCACAAGACUACCAAGCUACGGGCGGAAACACCUGAAUAUCCUAGUUUCGAAAAGUGAUAGUUUAAAAUUUUAGUCUUCUAUCUCCCAGUUACUAAUAUAAUGUUACUUUUUGUAUAUAUGUAGCUUUAUAUUUUGUUUAAAGAUUCUUUCGCUAGGCCAGCUAUUAGAGAAAUGGAAACAAAAUAUAUACACUCCCAUUUUUGAUUUAUUAUAGUUUAGUGAUAACAUCACAACAAUUUAGCUAUAAGUGUCUGUGAUCUUAAUUUUCGUAGUUUGGACAGUUCUCAUAUUAUAAAGUUGAAUUAUUUUAUGAAAACUGUCAUAACUGCAACAAAGCUGUUGGCAUUUAAUUUUAGUUAUUAUUUGAUUCACAUGAAAUGAUUGUAAAUAUUUUAUCCAUUUGUCAUAUUAUUAUGUAUCUCUAUAUGAACAAUGUGAUUUGAAAUUUUUCCAAGGAAAUGUAAUUUAUUCUGCAAAAAAUAUUUGUUUUAGUCACAAAUUAAGUAUAUUGUACAGGGUUAAGUAAUUAAGUUACUUUUAUUUAUAAUUGAACUUAAUUUGUGAGCAGAGCUCCUGUACUAAAUUAAAUGCAUUUGCAUUGCUCUGUUUUCCCUUUAAAUUAUAUUAAACAAAUAUAAAAUUUAUUGGGUUUAAUUUGGUGGUGCUUCAAAAUAAUACAAUCUAUUUAUGUAAUAUUAUAUAAGGCAAGGCAAACUGAUUUCACCGAUGUUCUUAAUUAUUGAAUUUCCAAAAAUGUUCAACAUUUUGAGGACUUCUUUUGGUGCCUCCAAGCAAGCUUAUAAAUUAUUUCAUCAUGCCUAUUUAUAAUAAAUUCUCAAAACUUAAAAAUGUGUGCUAUAAGUCGGUGUAAUCAAAUCUGGUUAUAUCUUGCAAAGACCGUUAUGCAUGUGGCCUUUUAGAAUAAAAGUUGAAGCAUUGCCUUAGAUACAGCGAAUUAAGACAAAAUUGUAAAGAUGUGUACAGUAGUGUAUAAUAGAUGAUAAUGACAGUUAUAAUCCGGAGUUCAGGCUUGAAGAUUGUUGAGAUAGAUGUAUAUUUGAAGUUCCUUGUGAAUAGAUAUCAAAUACAAUAUAUUUAUUUGUUUUGCUGUGGUAAGACUGACGUGUCCCUAGAACUCUGGAUUGUUAUAUUAUUGUAUAAAUGUAUCUAAAUUUUUUAUUAUAAUUAUUUUAAAUGGA